UGCUUCAGCCUUCAAUCCCUGCCCUAUAAUCUCUCUUUAGCACAAAAAGUCACUCUUUUUCGGCUAUAUUAAGACCCAUUUAAGUUUAACCAUUCAUAUAUAUCCAUAACGUGGAAAAAGAUCGUUGGUCUAAUCUGAUCACGCUAUUCUGUCUGAAGAAAUGGCAAAGUUAUCUUUGCUCUGCUGUUUCGUCGUUCUAGCUGCAUUUGGGUUUGUCAAUGGCUAUGCAAAAAAGGAAGAGAUUGGGUUCUAUGAGCUGAAAAAGGGUGAUAUCUCCGUGAACUUUACCAACUGGGGUGCAACCAUUGUCUCCCUUCAUCUCCCUGACAAAAAUGGAAAGUUAGCUGAUGUUGUUCUUGGGUACGAUUCAAUCAAGGAGUACCAGACGGAUUCAUCAUACAUUGGUGCUAUGGUUGGACGGGUUGCUAACAGAAUUGGUGGUGCACAGUUUACUUUGAAUGGCACCCAUUAUAAAAUAGUUGCAAAUGAAGGAAAUAACACACUUCAUGGUGGCUCUCGAGGAUUUAGCGAUGUUGUUUGGAAGGUGAAAGCGCAUAAGAAUGAAGGUCACGCUCCUCACAUUGUUUUCUGCUAUCUCAGCCCUGAUGGCGACCAAGGAUUUCCUGGAGAUCUCUUUGUCACUGUCAGCUACACGCUCCUUGGGAACAACCAAUUAAGUGUAACAAUGAAAGCCAAAGCUCUAAACAAGCCUACUCCAGUGAAUCUGGCCCAGCACACAUACUGGAACUUAGGUGGCCAUAACAGCGGCGAUAUCCUUUCCAAUGAGGUCCAGAUAUUUGGAUCCCACAUCACAGUUGUUGAUAGCCAUCUUAUUCCAACUGGAAAAUUUGCUUCCGUGAAAGGAACACCCUAUGAUUUCCUCAAACCCUACACCGUUGGUAGCAGGAUCAAAAAGCUACCUACCGGUUAUGAUAUCAACUAUGUGAUUGAUGGUGGGGUUGGGCAUAAGAUGAAACCGACAGCAGUGGUGCACGAGAAGAAGUCAGGAAGGGUAUUGGAGCUGUCAACAAAUGCUCCAGGUGUGCAGUUCUAUACUGGAAACUUUCUCAAGGAUGUGAAGGGAAAAGGUGGAUUUGUGUACCAAUCACACGCAGCGCUCUGUUUGGAGACUCAAGCAUUUCCUGACUCAGUCAACCACCCCAAUUUCCCUUCUACGAUUGUGAGUCCUGGAAAGCCUUACAAGCAUUACAUGCUUUUCAAGUUUUCAACUAAACCUUCAUCUGAUUAGUCAUAGAUAACAAGAAAGCCUUACAAGCAUUGCAUGCUUUUCAAGUUUUCAUCUAAACCUUCAUCUGAUGAGUUAUAGAUAACAAGUUUAACCUUGUGAAUGACAACAAGAGUGGCUGUGUUUUCCAAGCUCGUAAUGUUCUUUUUUUUUUUUCGGGGGGGGUCUUCCAAUAUUGCUUCAAUAAUGCUCUGUGUUGUAGCUAUACAGAUCGAGGCUAUUGUAUUUGAACACUGGCUUGCUAUAUCUUCGUGGUUUGAAAUCUUGCUAUAA